GGCCCAGCACGUUCAAAACCUAAAAAAACUCAAAAACUCUGAAGUUAUUAGGAAUAAUAUCUGUACAUAAAUACAUACAUUUAUUCUGUUGGAUCUAAUGGAUUAUACGGAAGAUAAUAGAAAGCAGACUUCGUUAUCUGGAAGGCAAGCUAUUAGAAGUGAGAGUGGGUUUUCAGCAACGUGCUAGUCAAAAUGGUUUUAGUUUUAGUGUGAAAUUUUUAGAGGGCCUGUUUGCUGUCAUUCAUCAGAUCCACCUAAAAAUCGACGAUUUGCAAUCAUUUCUUGAAACAAAUAUCCACUCGAGCACAGCUAGUCUGAAUGAAACAGAUUCAGCAAAGAACACAGAAAUGAUCUGCAAUCGGGCUGUCAAAAAGACUGAAGAGGAACACUUCGCUAAUCUACAAAUUAAAAUCAGGAAACGGCAAUACGACAUCAUCAAUCUCGAGGAGAGGUUGGCCAAGCUGGAAAAGCAACGGGAUCACCUACUGGAAAAAUCAUUUCAAGAGAGACAUUGGCUUAAGCAUAGAAUAGCAGAAGAGCAAAUAUAUUUGCAGGCAGACAUUAAAGCAAAUGCCAAGAGGGACGAAACUCUUCCCAAUGAGUAUAAAGAGCAAAUCAGCACUCAAGCAGCCCUCAUAAAAACUCUGGAGGAGAAGUUGUCCAUUUUGGAAAAGGAAACAAAGUGCAACAAUCAAAAAUUAGCCAAGCUGCAAGCGGAUUGCCAAUCAAAUAAAUCUUUGAUGGCUCAACACAAGAAAACAGCCAUCGAGCAGAUGGUUGAGCUUAAAGCAAUGAAAGAGGAGACGAGUGACAACAAACUGAAACUUCAAUCAUGUGUGGCCAAACAGGAGGAAAAUGAACAACUUUUGGAUACAUUUAAGGCACAGCUGAAGGAGAGAGAUGACCAAAUAGCGCUCCUGGAAUUGGGAAACAUUUUAGAUUCGUGCAAGAUGCAAGAGAAAGAUGAUCUUUUGAAGGAUCUAGAAGAUAGAGUGGCGAAACUGAAUGAGUAGUGCUCCAGUGAAUCAUUUAAACUUUCUAGCUAUUUCCGAGAAAUAUUAUGGCAUGGUACUUUUAUGGCUAUCCGCAGCUCUACUGCUCUGUGGGGAAUUCCCAAUUUUAUUAUAUAAACUUCUUUGUAUGGAAAAAGUAGCAAUAAAGCUUCAACCAUACACAUAUUCUAUUUUACACAAAACUAUUAUCCGCUAUAUUUAUAAUCCCCUAUGCGCCUUAAUAUGAUAUGCCCUACAGAGUGCUGCGGGCAGCCAUAAAGCUGGUAAAAAAUCCCAUAAGCCUUUUAGCCCCUUUGGACAGGCAGAGACAUACGAAUCAUUUGAUGGAAGAGUUUACAAAUUUAAUUGAAUAAAGAAAAUAUGUAUCCCGUUUA